UUUCAGAUCAUCCAGUUUUGGCAGCCGAUUGUGUUCAUUCAAGUGGUUUCCUCUCCUGACAAGAAGUUUUGUAUUCAAGUCAAAAUACAGCCAUACCAAGCCUCCUUGCUUACACAGUAAAUAUUUAUAGCUACACAUGCCAUGGGAAAUUCCAACAAAAAGCCAAAAUUGUCUACAGUUACAGGAAAUCAUGAAGCUGAGAUGUGCUAUGGAGGAGAAGCUGAUCUACACAAACUUGUUGCUGGCUGUGAGAAGAAUCCAGGUCACAAACGUUUUAUACCUCUUAAAGAUUUCAACAUAAAUUAUCUCCCCUCACGUUACCAGGACGACCUUAUGUUUGAGACAAUCUUAAUAUUGGCAGCCCUAACUGUCCAGGUAAAGACUGAAUUCACCAGUCUAGAGAGACCAGAGUUUUACCCAGACACUCAACUUCCAUAUCCAUGUUAUAAUGACAGAGGACGUCACGUGAUGAGGUUAGGGACGGGGAGGGUGUAUGGUGUGUACAAAAACACAGAGAGUGACAAAACUUGUCGUUGUGCCAAGUGUCAAGUCUCUGCCACACCCAGCAAAGUGUGGGGGCAGGUGAAUGUGUUGACAGCCACACACGUGGUGUUUGAUGACAGUGAGGCGAGACAGACCAGGUGUGUUUUAGGUUUUGAUGACAAGGAAAGUCCAGUGGUCAGUCUUGAUGGCUGGGAGGUGGGUGUGGGUGCGGCAGACAUUGAGGGAGACUGGUGUGAGUUGAGUUAUGUGACAUGUGACUUAAAGUUGGUUGAUGAACUGGACAAGAUGUUGCAGCGCUUUGUUGAUCUAUGUGGGGAAGUAAGGAACAAAUACACGAGAUUUGUUGAUGUGGACAAGUUGACCGUUAUAGUGUCACAUCCUCAUGGCUGUCCUAAACAGGUCUCUGUAGGAAAAUGGACACACGAACAUAAGAGGGAUGGCUACUUCACCAGGUACUGGUACACAACAUGUACAUGUUCUGGCUCCAGUGGAGCGUAUGUCUUCAGACUGGCAUAUGACAGAAUGUGGUAUGGCCAUCCUCACAGUGGAUGUGACUCUAAAGGAAAUUAUAGUGGGGACGUGUGUUAAUGAUGUAACUUUUAGUUCUCUCCCCUUGUCUACACAAUGUAAACAAACAAAAUGGCGGAACCUUUCCCGUCAUUAAACUGAUUGUGUUAAGCCUUGCAUGUGAUGUAAACAUUUUAUCACAUUAAAAUGAUUAAAACAAAUGUUUUGAUUGAUGUAAACCAUUUAAUCGAAUUUAUUUGCAUGUACAUUGAUGGAUUUUUUUUCCUAAUAUUUUAAAUAAUUUACUUACAACUUUUGUCGGCAAACUGUUGUCAUAAACAUGAUAGGCUGGCUAUUACCUGUAAAUUAAUUGUAACCAUUAUUCCAUAUGUCAUAUUCAUACAGUUUACAAAAUGUUCACACUAAACGACAUUAAAUGGUAAAAGAAAAUAUUCUUCUACUGUUGUUAUUUUAAUCUUUGCUGUCUGUUGAUGUUUAAGUUGUUGUUAAACAGCGCAUGUUGUGAUGUCGGCAGGCUGUCAUGUGUUGUAAGUUUACAACAAAGUCGAUUUGUUUGUGCCCAAUACACCUGUUAGACUAGUUUGAAUGAGAUAAUUAGAAAAAGGUGGGAUUUUAAUCAUUUAAAAAUAUCUGACACAUUAAAUGCUAUAUUUAGAUAUUCCGUCGCUUCUAGACCUGCUCCAAAAGAAAUAAAAAGUAAUAUGAUGCUGUCAUUGGCUGAUAUUUGUGUAAACAAUUUAAAUGACUAG